AUGCGGCUGCGGCAGGGCCCGCUCCUGACGGCGCUGUGCCUCGGCGCCGCCUUCCCCCUGCUGUGGUACGCGGCGUGGCAGGGGAGCCAAGGAAAUGACUUAGAAGUGUACCAAAGGCAGCUUCUGGAACUUCGGCAAAGACUAUUGUAUGCUGAAAAGGAAAAUAAAAAAAGAUCACACGAACUGAGCAGUGCCCUAGAUGAAAUUAAACGUGUGGUUGCACAAAGAAUGAACUUGACAAUAGAUCAUACAGAUGAUAUGAAGUGGAAAGUGCUAAACCUCAGCAGAAGACUCCCCGUGCAUCUUAUAAACAUGUACUACUAUCUACCUCACCUUCGAGAAUAUGAAGAUGCCAUUUUCCCAAAUGUUAUUUUUGGGCAACAGAGAACUGGAGUCUCACUGGUGAUGGGUAUUCCUACUGUGAAAAGGGAAAAACAACAUUAUCUGAUUAAUACACUGCAUUCCCUACUGUACGAACUUUCUGAAGAGCAAAAGAACGACUGCGUAAUAAUCAUCUUUGUAGCAGAGGUGAAUGCAGAGUAUGUUAACAGUGUUGCAGAAAGUGUUAAAGCCAGCUUCCCCAGAGAAAUCCAGUCUGGAGUCCUGGAGGUUAUUUCUCCUCCUGCUUCUUAUUAUCCAGAUCUUUCCAACCUGAAGAAAACACUUGGGGAUUCGGAGGACAGAAUAAGGUGGAGAACUAAACAGAAUUUGGAUUAUAGCUUUUUAAUGCUAUAUGCCCAACCUAAGGGAACAUUUUAUUUACAGCUGGAAGAUGAUAUUAUAGCCAAACCUGAUUAUAUUCAAAGUAUAAAAAACUUUGCUGCCCAGCAGUCCCAAGAGUGGAUGAUUCUCGAGUUCUCCCAGCUUGGAUUUAUUGGAAAAUUGUUUAAAUCUGAAGACCUGCCACUCAUAGUGGAAUUUUUUGUCAUGUUCUAUAAAGAUAAGCCCAUAGACUGGCUUAUAGACCACCUGCUCUGGGUUAAAGUGUGCAGUCCAGAAAAGGAUGCAAUACACUGUGAAAAGGAAAAGGCAAAGUUACGUAUCCGUGCUAAACCAUCUCUCUUUCAGCAUGUGGGAAUUUAUUCAUCAUUGGCUGGGAAGGUACAGAAUUUGAAAGAUAAAGAUUUUGGCAGAAAUGUGCUACAUAAAGCACAUAAUAAUCCACCUGCAGAAGUGGAUACAAGCCUAAGAAUAUACCAGCAAUAUACCUUGGAAAAAAUUUAUAAAGGACAAGACUGUUUUUGGGCUUCAGCUCCAGUGGCAGGGGACUACAUCAGCUUCACCUUUUUAAAUCCACUAAAAGUUGAAAAGUACUUCUUCAGAAGUGGAAACAUGGAGCACCCUGGUGAUAAACUGUUUAACACUACCGUGGAAGUGUUGCCAGCUGAUGAAAUGCUAAGAAAAGAACUGGUUGACAGUGGAAGUAAAUUUAACUACCCAGCAACCAAAGAUGGAUAUUUAAAAAUAGGUGCUUUUGAAAAUGGAAUUGCAGAAGGCAGUAUCAAUCAGUCAAUAGGAAAAAUACAGGCUAUUCGUUUAUCGGUCAAUUCUGAUUCUCCUGUAUGGGCAAUACUUAGUGAGGUACUUAUCAAGACAUCUGAAAAUUGAAAAAAAAAUACAUUUUUGACAUGUCACUUGUCACAGAUUGCUUGAAAACUAGGCUAACAGCAACAAAAAACUGGCUGGGUAAAAACAAAUCCAAACCCAUUUAAUUCUUAAUACUGUGUAUUAGGAAAGAGUUGAGAUAACUAUUAAAUCUUUAUGUAAAGAAUAUUAAAAGCUAUGAAGAACCUGAUUAUGUUAGUAAUUUCUACAAAAUGUUCUUGAGUAAGGUGUCAUAUAUAAAAAUCUCACCUUAGCUUGGCAACAUUCAAUAUAUAUUAUUAUAAACAAUUGAUAAGGCAUUACAGGCUGUCUCGGGGACUAAAGCAUAAAAGUAUGAUAAGUUUCACCAGAACUAAAAAUACGGACAUUUUUGAAAAAUAUUAAGGACACAGUUUUCAACUCCACUAAGAACACUGGUCAAUUUUGGAGGGAAAGUGCAACUGAAGGAAAAGCUGUCAAUAUUCAUUGCAAGUAUUUAGAGCAGUCCACAGAGAUAGGAAGAACUUAACAAUACGAAAAUGGAUCUCCAACUUAACUGAAGAAGUGUGUUUCAGCCUUAAUGUAGCAUAAGUUAUGUUUAAUGUUUUUUUAAAAUGGGAAGUGCCUACAAGUUACCAUUUGAAUAACUUGAAACUUAAACAGGUAUUGUUCAGAGGACUGUAAAACUUUUCAGUGAAUUGUGCAUUGAAUUAACUACAGGAAAUAAUAAGGGUAUUAUAUGUAGCUAUAUUUUUGUAGAAAGAAAAUA